ACGAUCACCUGUUCAGCUGUUUCAUCACCUCUUCGACCGUGCUCAGAACAAAGAAAUCAUGGGCGUUGACCGCGGGUUUGACCUCUACCCUCCGCUCGAAGAUUCCGAGCCGGACAUGUCUAGAUGGGCGAACUUCCUCGAAGCUGUCAUUCGCUACUACCGCGGAGACGAGAACUUCACCAUCAAUAAGAACAAUGACCUCGUCUUCAAGCAGGGCGAGGGGCCCACGCUCAUGCGGGAGGCACACCGAUUCCGCCGGUUCAGCUCGAAGGUGUCGGGUAGCCACGCGGGGAACGUGGAGACUUAUCUGAAGGAGGUCGCGCGCAUUGCGAAACGUUACUUUGGGGAACGGAUCAAGAGUUGGUACGAAUUGGACGAUGGGCUGAUGGUGCCUGACCAUGCGCUGGAGGUAUAUGGGUACAAUGUCGCAAAAGGGGUAUAUGGAUGGGAUGAGGUGUAUGCUGCUAGGGAUGGGAAGUACGACGCUGUAGAGGGGAAAUAUACUGCUCGGAUGGGUGGAUGUCGCGGGACGUUUGCACUACUGAAUACGAGGCUCCAGCUGAAGGGAUAG